CUCCAAUACAAUCAGCGACUGGAAUAAAGAAGUAAAUAUCCCUGAAUACAAAAAUAAUGGAGACUUUUACACCUUUUGAUCCCUUGGUAUAUACCACCUUUUAUACAUAUGAUUAUGAUAAAAACUAUCAAGUCACGGAAAACUAUGGAAAAGGUGUCAAUAAUAAAUCCAUGAUGUAUGAAGCCAUAUUUAUUGUGUUGAUCUACUCAGCAAUUUGUUUUCUGGGAAUUAUUGGAAAUGGUCUUGUCAUCUGGUUUGGCAUCUUCAGGAUGAAGAAGACAGUCAAUGUGGUGUUUUUCCUCAGCUUAGCCAUAGCAGAUUUCUCCUUUGCAUUAUUCCUUCCUUUGAACAUUACGCAAAUUAUAUUAGGAUAUUGGCCAUUUGAAAAACUUAUGUGCAAGCUAUUCCAUGUGCUACUGUCUCUGAACAUGCUCGUCAGCAUCCUCCAGCUCACGUUCAUCAGUGUAGAUCGAUGCAUCUGUGUUGUGUUCCCGGUAUGGUGUCACAACCAUCGGAGGCCAAGAUUAGCUUUAAUUAUAGUGCUGAUUAUCUGGAUAAUUUCAUUUCUUCUGGCUUUUUCCUAUCUAUUAAUUUCUGACUUGUCUGACAUAAUUACCAUAUGCUAUUUAACACUGGAUGAAUCUAACCUGAUGAGGAGAACAGUCUUGGACUUUGUUUUAUUCUUCUUUCUACCCUUUGUCAUCAUUGUUUUCUGUUACAUCAUGGUUGCUUUGCACCUCAGAAAGAAGCGCAUCUUCACAUCUCCUAAGCUAUUUAAAACCAUUGUGGCCGUCAUCAUUGCCUUCUUUGUCUGCUGGUUUCCAAAUCAUUUGUUUUCCCUUCUUUUUCUUUUUGAAAGAAGUAACCUCAAUAUCUAUGUGUUGUAUUAUGGAGCUGUAAUUGCCUUUGCCCUAGUAAUCACAAAUUCUUGUAUUAACCCCAUCCUCUACGUCUUCAUCGGCCGAGAUUUCAAGGAGAAUUUCUGUGGCUCGUUCCAAGCUACGUUGGAGAAAGCAUUUAUAGAAAAGGAAGAGUUGGACUCUCAGAAACAAGAAAGGCAUGUAGCUCUUCCAGCGUUACAUCAAGCUUCCGAAGAGGAAGUUGUCAUUUGAUUAACCUCACUCAAUAUUAAAUGUAUUAUUUUAAGACAUAAAAUUUUAAGAUAAGCUAUUUUUGUUUUGUUUUUAUUACAAAUUUAGCGAAAUAAUGGUAACUAAACACAUGCUUAUUAUCUCAUUAAUUUAAUACAUCAGUAAGAGGCCCUUUACAUGUGUAGAAGAUUGAGCCUUUUAUCGGAAACAAAUGUUCAUACAAAGGUGUGUUCCCGAUAACUGGUGAGUGUAACUGUGCCGGUGAUUUGUUGGCUGAUCAGGCUGUUAAUGCAAACAUAGGUAUCUCAUUUUUAGGUAUAAAUAGUUGAAAUGUUGCCGACAUAAUGCAAAAGUAGUUACUGUAGUAAUGGUUGUUCCUAUCCCAAGCGCCUUCCAUCAGUCUGAAUAGCGACCUUUUUAAAUGAGCUGGUUUUAUUAUAAUUCCACACUCGCUAUG